UGUACAGUGAGGAAGAUCUAUUGGCAAAUUUCAAAAAAAAAUAAUUCCACAAUAAUGUUUAAAUACAUCUGCUUAUUGGCCAUUGUGGCCUCUGUCUUGGCUGUUGAUAGUACCACAGAGAAACGUGAAAUCAUUCCCUUGAUCAAAUACGAUCUUGUCAAUAAUCCUGAUGGAUCAUUCAACUAUGUCUACGAGGGUGGCGAUAAAUCCUUUGGCGAACAAACCGCUGAAGUCAUAAACGCUGGCACAGAGGAUGAGGCCCUUGAAGUCUCCGGCUCAUACCGUUACAUUGAUGCAGAGGGUCGUGAAGUAGAGGUACACUAUACAGCAGGCAAAAAAGGUUUUGUGCCCAUUGGCACUAACAUUUUGCCCGAAAUCUCAGAAGCAGCUAAAUUGGCUUCAGAGAACCCCGAAGUACCAAAGGAUGAUGAAAAACACAAAAAUUAAAAAAAAAAACCAACUGAACGAACCAAGGAAUGAGGUCGCCCUUAAUGUGAUAUGACUUGACUAAGAGGGAAGUUGAAGGGAAAACAAAUAAAAAUCUCAGGAAGUUUAUAGUUUAGAGAAUAUGUUGUAAAAAAAUGAAUGUUAAUAAAUGUGAAAAAUAAAAAUCAUA